AUGUCCAAGAAGUCAACAAGAAUUAAAACAGGUUUAAUAUCAAACAUAACAGCAAAACUUGCUGCAAACCUUCAUAUUGAUGAAAUAGCAAGAAGUGGUGAAGAUUGGACUGAUGAUGCAAUAAAAAUUGAAGGUACACGAAGAGUAUUAAAUGUUUGUGAAAAAAAUCCAAUUGAUGAACAUGCAUUAAAUUAUGAUGAAUAUAAUCCAUUUAACAAUUGUGCAGCAUCCAAUGUACCACAUUUAUCGGUAUCAGAAUUUAAAAAUGAAACCGAAUUUAAUUUAAAUCAUCAUGGUGAUGAAAAUCUUGACUCUACUAUAGAAAAACAUGAUCUUAAUGAAGCAUUUCCAAGAACUGUUAUAAUAACAACAAUGAAACGAGCAACAACAUAA